UUGAGAUGCAGUUUUCAUUGAUUUGUUUUUACUGAACUUCAUUGGAGCUACAAAUAUCAAAAUGGGUGUGCCGAAGUUUUAUCGAUGGAUUAGUGAGCGCUAUCCAUGUCUCAGUGAAACGGUCGUCGAAUUUAACAUCCCCGAAUUUGACAAUCUGUACUUGGACAUGAAUGGAAUCGUUCACGUGUGUUCCCACCCCGAAGAUGACAACCCUCACUUCAGAAUUACAGAAGAGAAGAUAUUCAGCGAUAUCUGUUAUUACAUUGAGUUUCUGUUCCGCAUGAUCAGACCGAAAAAAGUGUUCUUCAUGGCCAUCGAUGGCGUUGCACCAAGAGCCAAGAUGAACCAGCAAAGAGGACGAAGAUUCAGAUCGGCACGUGAGGCAGAGGAGCUGGUGAAACAAGCGCUGGCCAAAGGAGAAAAACUCCCCGAGGAAAAGAGAUUUGAUUCAAACUGCAUUACACCUGGCACUGUGUUCAUGGCCAGACUUCAAGAGCAGCUCAAGUAUUUUGUAGUGUAUAAAGUGUCCACCGAUCCACUGUGGCAGGGGCCAAGGAUAUAUUUGUCAGGACAUCAGGCCCCAGGAGAAGGAGAGCAUAAAAUCAUGGACUUCAUCCGAUACGAGAAGUCGCAGCCAGGCUACGAUCCGAACACACGGCACUGUCUGUACGGGCUGGAUGCCGAUCUCAUGAUGUUGGGGUUAACUAGUCAUGAACCUCAUUUUUCACUGCUCCGGGAGGAGGUUCGAUUUGGUGGCAAAAAGGACCGAAACAAAAGGCCAGCCACACCCGAAGAGACGACCUUUCACCUGUUACACCUGUCUCUAAUGAGAGAAUACCUGGACUACGAGUUUUCUCAACUCAAGACGACACUGCCGUUUGAGUACAGCCUGGAGAAGAUCAUAGAUGACUGGAUUCUGAUGGGGAUUCUCGUUGGCAAUGACUUCAUCCCUCACCUGCCGCACCUACACAUCAACCAUGACGCGCUGCCCAUGCUGUGGAAGAACUACAUGGAGGUUUUGCCCACUCUGGACGGUUAUCUGAAUGAAGAUGGUCACUUGAACUUGCGUAGAUUUGAAGUUUAUCUACGCAGACUUUCAAAGUUUGACACAGAGAAGUUUGAAGAGAACUACGAUGACUUGAAGUGGCUGGCCAGCAAGGUGGGCGGUCAGUCGAUCCACGCGGGAACCAGCGCCAAGGAAGUCAAAGAUGCUGUCAAGAAGAGGAAACAGAAGAUAUCAUUUGAGAGUACUAACGCAUUUGCCUCCCUUGAAGGCCUCGACUCAACUCUGGAGGAUAGUGUAGAUCUUACUCGCUCAAGCUCGUCACACUCGCUGGAUGAAGAAACAGAUGAUGUCACGGAAACGGAUCUGUCGGACUCUGAUACGUUUGACGCCGAGUUUCGACAGAGCAAGCGAAGCUACUACAUGGACAAGAUGGAAUAUGAAGUUGUGUCGGAAGAGCUGUUGAAGGAGCAGGCCCAUGGCUACAUCCGAGCGAUUCAGUGGAUUCUGUUGUACUACUUCGAGGGAUGUCCGUCCUGGAGCUGGUACUACCCACAGCAUUAUGCUCCGUUCAUGAGUGACGUGAAGGAUUUCAGCGACAUGAAGAUUGAGUUUGACCUGGGCAAACCGUUUCUGCCGUUCCAACAGCUGAUGGCCGUCCUGCCAGCCGCCAGCAAGGAACUCUUGCCUGAGCCUUUCCAGGAUCUGAUGACCUCAGUUAAUUCCCCGGUGAUUGAAUAUUACCCGGUUGAUUUCAAGUCGGAUCUCAAUGGCAAACAGCAGGAAUGGGAGGCCGUCGUUCUCAUCCCAUUCAUUCAAGAGGACAAACUGCUUGAAGCAAUGGAGCCUUGGUAUGCGAAACUACCCCAGGAAGCCAUCGACAGGAACACGCAUGGGCCAUGCAUCCUUGGUGAAUACACCGCAGACUCGCUCCCGGUGUACAAGUCACCACUGCCAGACAAGUUCCCAGACAUCGUCACAAACCAUGCAAGCUUGACUCUUAUUCCUAAUGACAUGUUCUGUUUGGACGGGAAUAGAAUUCGGAAAGGCUUGAUGGAAGGCGUUCGACUCGAUGUCUACUUCCCAGGAUUCCCAACUCUUAAGCAUAUUCCACACACAACCAUACUGAAGAAAGAAGGUGUGAAGGUUUUCCAGCACAGCAGUCGUGGAGAAAACAUGAUCCUGUCCAUAAAGCAGUCUGGAUCGGACCUGGAACCUGACCCAGAUGUUGAAGAAAUAGCUGAAAACUUGCUGGGUCAAUCAGUGUACGUUGGAUGGCCUCACCUGGCUGAAGCCAAAGUGGUCGCAGUCGCCAGUGAAGAUUUCAGAUUUGAUCUGGUUGAGAAUGACAAAUGCAAGAAGUCGAAGGAAAGUCCGAAAAUCAGCAAGAUGCUGCAUCAGCACUCGAAGCAAGAUGCUGAUAUAUGGCGGAGACAGGCCUCCUCCAUACAGGAACGAUAUCUGGAUCAUCGUGGUAUCGAUGUGGGCCACACUUCUAUUCUACUUCACUGCUGCCCUAUGAAUGGUCGCAAGUAUAUCUGUGGUUCACAUGGAAAGAUAACUCUAGAAAAGCAGUUUGGCAAAAUGCCAGUGACUUAUGCAAAGCAAGCAACAGUAAAGGACAUAGCUGUACAUGACUCAUCAUUUUGCCAGUUUAAAACACUCAGCGAGCUCUUCGAAGAAAAGGUGGCCGUCUUCAUGCUGGGAUCACCACAUUAUGGCUGCCAAGGGGAGGUGAUGGAAGCACUGCUGGAGGAGGGUAGAGUGCGAGUUCGCUUUACCACCAAAGAGGAGCCCAACAUCCGCCGCAUCAUGUACAGACAGCAGUCACUGAGCAUAAAUUACAUGCCUGCGUAUGUCGUAGCCCAGAAGCUGGGGAUCAGUUCGCACUUCGUGUCGCGUCUUACGGGCACGAUCCUCGUCCUGCGGGGGUCGAAGGAGAAUCCAAAGAACAACAACAAGGUGAACAUCGGCCUCAACCUGAAGUUCUCGAAGCGCGAGGAGGAGGUGCCGGGCUACGCCAAGAGGACCGAUGGUCAGUGGUGCUACUCGGACCAGACCGUAGUCAUCCUGCAGGAGUAUUUGGAAAAGUUUUAUGACAUUUUACAUCACCUUGCCAACUCCCCCAGCGCAGGUCAAGACUUGUUCUGUGAGCAGGAUCUGUUUCCACCUGAGAGUAAGAUCAAGUUGAAUGACAUGAUGACCUAUCUGAAGAAUCUGCCGUGCACAAAGGUCGACCCGAUAAAAUGUAAUGCGGACAUCUUGGAUGAGUCGGUUGUCAAGGCGAUUGAAGAGGAGGUCAAACAAUUUGCAGAAUCUGGUCGUCCUGUGAAAACGUCGAUAAUGCAAGUGAAGCCACAUCUACUGUACAGACCCCUGUUAAACCAAGGAUUUCUCAUUCCUGACCCGACGGUGGAGUAUUACCUGUUUGAUCGAGUCGUCUGUAUCAGGAUGGGGUUCCCCGUGCCGUUCGGUCAGCGUGGAACCGUGGUGGGAAUACACCCGCCUGCGGAAGGCGAUGACACGAUAUACGAAGUGGUCUUCGAUAAAGAAUUUGUCGGAGGCAUCAUUGUGAGAUGUUCACCAAUGAGAGGGUACCGUGUGCGUUCGGCUGCUUUGAUAAACCUGUCUCACGGAGAACGGAAAAACAACGUCCAGGGAUCGGCAAGCGUCCCCCAGGGAUUCAAACUGUCCGUCAACAACUGGACGCGCGAGUCCGGGUCGCAGUCCCGGUCAGAUAGACAGUUUUACACACAGAUGAAGAACGAGAGGUCUGGAUACGAAAACCGGAACUACGCGGGUAGAGAGCAGCAUCAGCACAGCAGACGGCCAGACCACCAGGUUUACUACAACAGCCACCGCGGCGGCCAUCAGGACUUCGACUACCAGCGGGGACAUCGCCGAUAUGACGAGCGAACCGCGGAGAACUUCGCCGUCAACUCAAAUGCGCCAUUCGUCGCACCGAAGGUUGUCACAUCUCCAGCAUCAACUUCCGUCAAACAAGGAGUUCAGAAUCGGGUGUUGGCAGAAAACUCGGCAAGAUUUGCAGACAUGUGGAAACAGCUGCAGGAGUCUGCCGAAGUUCGGCCCAUCCCAGCGAAACAAGUGACACCUGGUGGUGGGAAACCUGGCCAAGGGACAUCACUCCAGCAGGCUGCUAUGGCUCUGGAUAAGAUUUCUCUGCCAUCUGCUUCAAGUGGUUUGCCGUCUGCUACUAGCUGUUUGCUGUCUGCUACAAGCGGUUUGCCGUCUGCUGCUAGCGGUUUGCUGUCUGCUUCUGGUGAUUUGGUGUCUGCUUCUAGUGAUGUGCCGUCUGCCACCAGUGUCAGUCAAUCAAAAGAAAGCCCCAGGAACAUUGAUGUGCCUUCAGUGUUGAACAGUGACAGAGUAUCAAAAGAUGAAGAGUGUAUUGAGUCUGAUGAAUCGUUGGUUAUCGGGCAGGCCAUAUCGGAAGCUCUUCACUCAAUGACACUAAACAGUGAUCUCAUGGACGUUAAUAACAGUUGUGAGAUCGAUCACAGGGCAAAGGAUGGAAGCACAGCAUUAAAGCAGAUGUUAAAAAUCAAUUCAGAAGAAUCGGCUCAACCAGAGGGCAACAGGAAGCAAAAGGCAGCUGUGAAUUAUGGGAAACAACUAUCGGUUCAAGAGCUUUUUGAUGGUGCCAAAUUAUGCAGCUCACAAUUAGAGAAGACUGUUCAGGAAACAUCAACAAAACAACAGCAGCAGCAACAACAAAACCAGACAUCUAAAUCUCCAGCACAACAGCAACAACAACAGCAGCAGCAGCAGCAGCAGCAACAACAACAGCAGCAGCAGCAAAGAGCUCCACAGAAACACAACAAACAGCAGGAGAACUGGAAUCAGCAACACCAACAGAGAUGGCAACAACCGCUACCGCAGCAGCAAAGAAACCCCGUGAUGGAGCUGGCAGACCGAUGUAAAGCACUACAGCUGCAGGCUCCCCGCUAUGACUACACCGGACCACACGGAAAUGUCCGAUCUCGUGUGAUACUUGGAAAUGGGGUUCGUUUUGAAGGCUCACAGUGCGCCACAAAAGAGGAAGCUGCAGAGAGUGUGGCAAGUGUUGCCCUGCUCAAUCUGUUUGCCUUACAAUGGACAGCAAGGCUUCGGCCUGAUUUCAACCACUACCAGCAGUUCAUGAACUUUCAACAGCCGGAUCUGAUGUUCUCUCCCCAAUCUGCUUUCAGUCCUGUUGGACGACCAGUAUUCAGUCCGCGAAUGGGAGCGUACAGUCAGCUCAGGCAGUUACACCAUCGACAGCCUGCCCCCGGUUACUUCUCUCCUCGUGUGGCGGGUUACCAGCAGAGGGGAGGUCUUAGAGGACUGCCGUUGGGUCCUCAUCAGAAUAUACCAGUCCCAAACCUGCAGCAGCCAGCUCACUUCGGUGCAGACGUAGCCAAUCACAAUGCAGGUUUAGCCAUUCGAAAUGCAGACAUGGCCAGUCAGAAUGCAGAGGAUGUAAAAAGACAUAAAUCAGUCACGGACCCAGCUUUUAUACCAUUACAGGUUGCCAGAAAGCAGAAGACCCCUCAGAAGAGAAAAGACGUUGUACACCCGGCCCCUGGUGCGGCCGUGAACAUUGAUUCUGUGUCUAAGACUAAUUUGUCAGAGGCUGGAGCCUCGGGCAGCUCGUACCAAGCCCUGAAAGUCGAACACUCAAAACCAAGAGUUGAACCAUCACCGGGCAGCAAGCAAAAAUCUGCGUCGAGAAAAAGACGACCGCGGAUUGCGGCAAAUUUAAACUUCCAGUAACAAGUUGGCCGCUGUGAUGAGAUCAGUGGCAACAAGUUGGCCACUGUGAUGAAAUCAGUGACGACAAGUUGGCCGCUGUGAUGAGAUCAGUGACGACAAUUUGGCCACUGUGAUGAAAUCAGUGACGACAAGUUGGCCGCUGUGAUGAAAUCAGUGACGACAAGUUGGCCGCUGUGAUGAGAUCAGUGACGACAAGUUGUCCGCUGUGAUGAGAUCAGUGACGACAAGUUGUCCGCUGUGAUGAGAUCAGUGGCGACAAGUUGUCCGUCACUGAUCUGUGAUGAGAUCAGUGACGACAAGUUGUCCGCUGUGAUGAGAUCAGUGACGACAAGUUGGCCGCUGUGAUGAGAUGACAAGUUGGCCGCUGUGAUGAGAUGACAAGUUGGCCGCUGUGAUGAGAUCAGUGACGACAAGUUGGCCGCUGUGUUGAGAUUAGUGACGACAAGUUGGCCGCUGUGAUGAGAUCAGUGACGACAAGUUGGCCGCUGUGAUGAGAUCAGUGACGACAAGUUGGCCGCUGUGAUGAGAUGACAAGUUGUCCACUGUGAUGAGAUCAGUGACGACAAGUUGUCCGCUGUGAUGAGAUCAGUGACGACAAGUUGGCCGCUGUGAUGAGAUCAGUGACGACAAGUUGGCCGCUGUGAUGAGAUCAGUGAAGACAAGUUGGCCGCUGUGAUGAGAUCAGUGACGACAAGUUGGCCGCUGUGAUGAGAUCAGUGACGACAAGUUGGCCACUGUGAUGAGAUCAGUGACGACAAGUUGGCCUCUGUGAUGAGAAUAUUCUGUUUUAAUACCCUGAAUUUUUUUUUUUUUUUUUAGUCAUGGAUCCUGAUAAUAUUGGUAUGUUUAGAACAUUAGUAUUACUUUUACAACAGUGACAGCAUCAGCUUUUGCGUUAAAAUGUUUGAACUUUUAAAAGUUUUUUUUUUUUUUUUUUUUUGCAUUUAGAUCAGUUUGUAACAAACCAUAAUUCCUUGGUCAUUUAUAAUUACAAACUUUGCGCUGUUAUACAAUAUACUGUAGUCUGAUUGGACGAAUAUUAUCCUCCGAUAAUGACGUUGUUACAUGAGAUAGGACAUUAUUAUGUAUCACAGGUCAUGGAAAGGAUGAGAGAAACUGAUUUAUGUAUUCUUUUAACUAAAUAAGGGGUCCUGUUUGUAAUUAUGAAAAUUGUUGUUAUUUUUUUUUAUUGCAAUACAUCAGUAUAUUCACCAAAAAUUACAAACAAAUCUUAUACAGUUCCAUUAAAAGUUUGUUUUGUUUAACAACAUCACUAGAGCACAUUGAUUUAUUAAUCAUCCAAACAUUUGGCAUCCAAUAGUGGAUGAUUAAUAAAGCAAUGUGCUCUAGUGGUGUCGUUAAACAAAAAAAACUUUUAACUUCUUGAACUUUCUGUUUGUCAGGGAUUUCAAGUCAUAGCAAUAGCACAAAUCUCAGGUUUUCCUCUUUGAGUUGUUAUAAAAUUUCAGUUAUUUCAAGGGGUGAUGUUUGUAAUAUUUUUUUGUUCUGGAAAUAUUACCAUGAUUAUGCUGCCGAGCCUGAGAGCAGGGAUUUAUCCAGGAUAUUUUGCCAGGGACCCAAGUCUAAUGGGAUUGGGAAUAUUAGGCUAUUAGUGUGGGUAAAUCAUACUUGAGAAAAAAAAAUUCAGGCCCCUGAAUAAUGCAGUAUACCACUGUUGAAAUAAUUUAUUACAACAUACUGUAAAUCGUAAAAUAUUAGCGAUCUUAAAAUUCAAAUACAUGUAGGUGACAUAUUAGCAACAUAAAACUUUAGCGAGGUUGUCAUAUCAGAAACUAAAAAAACUAAUAAUCUAAGUUGUAGGAUCAGCUGAAAUAAUGUUUUUGACAAAUUUUGACGUUAUGCAGCUUACAGACAUAUUAAAUUUAGUAGAAAAUUGCAGUAAUGUGCAUGGUAACUAACUAUUGUUGUUUGCUACCCUUUUGGUUUAAUCAAUAGUAUGCAACCAUUGUUGCGAGUUCAGUUAAUCAGAGACGAGACAAUCGCACAAACGUUUGUUGGAACAGCCUGUUGUAUGUCUCUUUAAAUUUAGCUUCAUGAAAUGUUAUCGUCUCAUAUGGCUUCGCUAAAUUCGCUAACAUUUUACGCUCGCUAACAUUUCCUGAUUUACAGUAUAUAUAUAUAUAUGAAAUUUUUAGUACAGAAAUUUUGAAUUUUCAGUGCUACUUGCUUUUUGGGAAGGGGCCUAUUUUUUGACCUACAGAUCGCCUGAAUAAAUCCCUGGAGAUACUAUGAAAUAUCAGUUAAGAGAUAUAUGUGUAUGUGUGUGUAUAUAUAUAUAUAUAUAUAUAUAUAUAUAUAUAUAUAUAUAUAUAUACACACAGUGAAACCCCUCUAAACCGGACACUCAUGGGGCCAAGUAAAAAGUCCAGUUUUAUGUGGAUUCCAGUUUAGAGAGAUUCUGUUCCAAUAUUUAAAAAGGGUCAGUGAAAAAUAUCUGUCCCAAGUUCAGCCAGCAAACGUUUAGCUAACAUUCGCAAACUAUAUAGCUUACAGACGGGGCUACUGUCCCAAGUUCAGCCAGCAAACGUUUCGCUAACAUUCGCAAACUAUAUAGCUUACAGACUGGGCUACUGUCCCAAGUUCAGCCAGAAAACGUUUCGCAAACUAUAUACCGGUAGCUUACAGACUGGGCUACUGUCCCAAGUUCAGACAGAAAACGUUUCGCUAACAUUCGCAAACUAUAUACCGGUAGCUUACAGACUGGGCUACUGUCACAAGUUCAGACAGAAAACGUUUCGCUAACAUUCGCAAACUAUUUGAUUGGUUCUCAGAGUGGUAAUUCGGUUUACUGUGUAGCAUUAAAAUGAGUCUAUUGAACGUUGGCGACAGCCGGUUGACUGACAAGCGGUUGACUGACCUUAUGCCUGGUUUAGUUGGGUUUCACUGUAAAAGAAACAAUAUAAAACUUGAACCUAUUAAAAAAAAAAAAAAAAAUUAAUAUCCAAAUGUUCUUAAACAUAUUCUUCAUGAGAUUCUCAACUUUUCAGGGGUUUUUUUUGGUUUUUGUGUUUUGUUUUUUUUAUUAAUUUUUGUUUUUAAUUUGUAAAUAAAUAUUGUUUAAAUCAACAAAAAAAGGUCUUAGAAAGAUUACUGUUGUCAUUUUAACAGUGCUUUUUGUUUUAGGGAUUUUUUAAAAAUGUACAAGUGUGAUUGAAGGAUUGAGCUUUUUCGGCUCAAAUAAAAUAAAGAUAUAAAUUUGA